AUGAAAAUCUCAAUUCUUUUUUACGGCCCCUUGAUGGCUCUCAUCCUAUCUACCAUGAUCCUCGCCCAGCGCUUCCCGAAAUGUCCUAGGUGUAGAAACGAUGGCAUUGUUAUAGACUUUACGGACUACACGGAGAAACUCCAGCUCCCACAGGUAGACCAAUGUGGACACGAAACCGGUAAAUUAAGAAAAAAAUGUAAAAAGGACAGGCAGAAAGCGUAUUAUGCCUGCCCGUGCUGCAGAUACUCGGAGCCGGACGAUCUAAACCACGUUUUCGCAUUCAACACAAACGGGCACGGGUGUCACGGCGGCCACACACAAUUCGUCGAACGCGGAUGGUACGUACCCCCAGGGAAGAGAAAACAACCGGUAGGAUUCGACCUUUUCCCAUCGGAACCGGUAGCAUCAUCAUCAAACCGUUAA